AUGGCCUCCGAACUCGCGGCCCCUCCCGUGUUAUCGACACCAGACGAUCACAUCCUCGAAGUUCCUGCUGCUGACUCCAUCCCGACCUCGACACUCUCCGACGAUGCCCUCCGCACAACGUACGAGGUCGUGCGUACAGCCGACGAGAUCCGCGCUGGAGGAUGGAAACGAAUUGGGUUACAGUUCCCGGACUUCAUGCUCGUUGAUGCUCCCCGUGUUGUAGAAGCCUUGUCCAAGGAAUUCGCUGCGCAUGAUGGCCAAGAAGAGGGCAAACCGGAGAGGAGGAUAUAUGUCCUUGCCGAUAGCAGCUACAGCGCCUGCUGUGUCGACGAAAUCGCUGCCGAGCACGUCUCAGCAGAUGUUGUAGUCCAUUAUGGCCGAACCUGUCUGAGUCCCACCAGUCACCUUCCUGCGAUAUACGUAUAUACAAGCCACGACCUGGAUUACGAGGUGACGAUCAACGAGAUCAAGAAGGAGUUCAGCGACAAGACUGUCAAGCUGGUCAUCAUGGCCGACCUGACAUACCAGAACCAUGUCGAUAAAGUAGUAUCGUUACUGAAGGAACAAGGUUAUGACAACACAUUCUCUACUGCGGUAGCCCGCGACCCUGCCGCUUUGAUUCCCAACCGCAAGAUCCUCUCCGACGAGGCCUAUGACGACGAGCACUGGAAGGCCUACUCGAUCAUUCACAUCUCGGACCCGCCCUCAGCGCUUCUACUCGCUCUCUACACACGCUUUGCCUCGCUGCAUGUCCUUUCCACACCCUCCUCUCCGGCCCUCGAAAACUCUACGAUGCGAACGGCAGGUCUUCUGCGCCGGCGCUUCGCCAAAGUGUUGUCACUCGCUUCCGCUGGUGUCAUUGGUAUUCUUGUCAACACGCUCUCGGUCGCGAAUUACUUGAGUUCCGUCAAUACUCUCCGUGAGAAGAUCGCUCGCGCAGACAAGAAGAGCUACACGAUUGUCGUGGGCAAGCUAAACCCUGCCAAACUCGCGAACUUUGCUGAAAUCGAGGGUUGGGUUGUCGUGGGAUGCUGGGAGAGCGGUCUAAUCGAGGACGAUGCUGGGUAUUGGAGGCCAGUAAUCACACCAUUCGAGCUUGAGGUCGCCCUGAUGAGCGAGGACGAGCGAGUUUGGGGCAGCGAGUGGUGGGGAGGCAUCGAGAAACUGGGACUCAAUGACAAGCCUGAAGAUGUGACAGGGGAAGCGGUAGAAGCUGCUGCAGACCCAGAGGAAGAAUUCGAUGAUGUCGCUGGCGGUGUUGAAGGAGAUGAAUCUGCGCCCCCCGAGUUCGAUAUGCGCACCGGAAAGCUGAUCUCUUCAAGUCGACCGAUGCGACUCCCGGUUCGCAAGAAUCCUUCCGCGACAGCCGCUGUCGAGUCGAACGGCGACGGUCAACCCAGUUCAUCGCAGCAGAAUGAUUCUCUUAUCAAGCGCAGUGUCGGCGAACUGGCAAGCAUCAACGGUGUGGCAAGUCCAGGAGCUGAGUUCCUUCGUUCCGGUCGAACAUGGCAAGGUCUGGGUACCGACUUUGAUAACGAGGCCAGCACAUUGGUCGAAGAGGGCAGGAGUGGUGUCGCAAGGGGAUAUCAAGUUGGCGAAUCAGGUCGACACUGA